GAAGGGUUUUAAUGUAAUAAAGUACUUCCAGGGCUUCAGCGCGAGGCAAUUAGGGUUUUUGAGUAUAUAAAACCUAACAUCGGCGCCUACUUCUUCUAACUGCUCUCACACUCUCUUUCGAAGAUCCGCCGAUAGAUCCCCAAGUAAAAACCCUAGAGGGCAGGAAGCAAUGGCCACCGUACCUGGGCAAUUGAUCUGGGAGAUCGUUAAGAGCAACAACUCAUUUCUGGUGAAGCAAUUCGGGAGAGGUAACGCAAGUGUGCAGUUCAGCAAGGAGAGCAACAACUUGUGCAAUCUCAACUCGUACAAGCACUCUGGCUUGUCUAACAAGAAGACUGUCACUGUUCAACCCGCUGGUAAAGAUCAAGGUGUGUUGCUUGCAACAUCUAAGACCAAGAAGCAGAACAAGCCUGCUGCUUUGCUUCAUAAGUCUGUUAUGAAGAAAGAGUUCGGUAGGAUGGCUGAAGCUGUCAAAAAUCAGGUGUCUGAUAACUUCUACAGACCUGAUUUAAAGCAAGCAGCCCUUGCAAGGUUGAGCGUUGUGCACAGAAGCCUCAAGGUAUCCAAGUCUGGUGUGAAGAAGAGGAACAGACAAGCUCUGAAAAUCCGUGGUGGAAAGUGAGAGAUGCCCUAGUGUGUUUUACCUGAUUUUGAGUCCUUUAUUUCCAGAUGUUGAAUGGAUUUUGGAAUUUCUUUAUUAAGGUUGUUAAUCUUAAUUUUGGAUAUGAUUAUGUUUUUCAGUAUUAGGAUAUUUUUGGAUAAAGAUUAUGUUUUUUCUCGA